GCGCUGUAGAGAGAGAAAGGCGGCUGCAGCUUCCGUGUGACUGCAGCGGGCUCUGAGCAGAAGAAUGAAACAAUCUGAAUGUAAUCAUAUUAACAAAUCUAAGAGACCCGCACGGAUUAUAAAAUGCAUAUACAUAGUUGGGUUCAUGGACCUCUUUGGGGUCAGUAUGAUCAUCCCUCUACUGAGCCAUCACGUGAAGGCAUUAGGAGCAAGCCCGAUAGUCUCUGGAGUAGUGGGCUCCACAUAUGGGGUUUUACAACUUUUCUCCAGCACUUUAGUAGGUAGCUGGAGUGAUGUAGUGGGAAGGCAAUCUUCUUUACUGACAUGCCUUCUGCUCAGUGCUUUCGGAUACAGCCUUCUGGGGAUGUCCACCACUAUUGCCCUGUUUGUGCUGGCCCGAAUACCAGUGGGGCUUUUUAAACACUCCUUGUCCAUUUGCCGAGCUCUCCUGUCAGAUAUAGUGUCAGAGACAGAGCGCCCUCUGGUGAUGGGUCAUUUUAAUGCAGCUUCGAGUGUGGGAUUCAUCCUGGGCCCAGUGGUAGGAGGCUACCUCACUGAACAUGAGGGAGGAUUUUAUAUGUCCUCUUUUGUCUGUGCUGCUAUCUUCGUCCUUAACGCAGGUUUGGUCUGGAUGUUACCAUGGAAUGAGAUUCUUAACCAACGUUUAGAUGCUAACCGAAACAGUAAAAGCAGACAGACAUUUGACGGACUGAGAAACUGCGAUGGGAACCAUCAUGGCAGUCCCUCGUCCACGAAAACCUGUCGUUCUCUUGGAUCACUAUGCAAGGACUGGGGUAAUAUGGCUCUACUCCAGCUGACCUCAGUAGGAGCACAAAUCCGCAUGGUGUCCUCUUCUGACAUGUGGGAUGUGUUCCUGGUGCGUCUACUAAUGGCGCUGGCAAUCAUGCUUUAUCACAGUAACUUCUCUCUGGCAAUGGAGGAGCGCUUUGAUUUGAAACCCAAAGUGACAGGCUACAUGAUCAGUUACAGUAGCAUGCUGGGUGCACUGGCUGGGUGCCUGGUGGGCCCCAUGACUCGUCUGUACAGAGGGAAUAUGUCUGCUCUGCUGCUGCACUCCACAGCGAUCACAUGCUCAUUGAUCUUCGUGUAUGCCAUAGCAGGCAGUGUCUGGCAUGUGCUACUCUCCUCUACGUUCUUUGCCAUCUCUACCAGCGUAGGUCGCAUCUGCAUUACAGACCUGGAGCUGCAGCGUGGUGGCAGUGCAAAGGCCAGUGGCACCCUAAUCGGUGCGGGCCAGUCAGUGACGGCAGUGGGUCGCAUAUUGGCCCCGCUGCUCUCCGGUCUGACUCAGGAAAUCAGCCCGUGCGGUCCACCAAGCCUCGGGGUGCUGCUGGCUCUCACAGCUGUGGUACUGCUGCUUGUCAGGACUCCAAAGUGGGCUAAGAUGAAGGACAAGAAAGCCAAAGAGUGAUUGGACAGAGGUUUAAAGCCACAUAGAUUUAAGAGAAUAAGGUGCAUUGUGCUGGGAACUGUUGGAGUUGGCAGUUAUCUGGGUAUGGGUUUUGGAAGUUGUGAUUCAAGUCAAACUGGUUUGCUCUUAGAGCAGGUGCAGCAGAUAUGAUGGCCAGUAGUCACCUGUGCCUCCUUACACAAACCAGGAGGACCUACCAAACCAAAGGAAGACUCUGAGACAGAUUCAUGUCUGAUACAAAUACUUACAGAAUUUGUUUUGAGUGUUUUUUUUGAGUGUUGGUCAUGUAGAAGACAGAAACUGAUUUUAACAACAGAAAAUUGAAGUAUUAAUAUAUUUAUUAAUAUUAUAUUUUAUUAUCCAGAAAUAGUAUGGUGGUGCAGCAGUUAGUGUUGCUGCCUCCCAGCACCAGGCUUUGUUCCUGAGCUCAGGUUAUUGUCUUUGUAAAGUUUCUUCUUUGUAAACGUCUCCAUGUGUUCAUGUUGAUUUCCUCUUGGAUCCUCCCACCUCUAAAAAACAGGCUUGUUCAUUGUGCCAGGUGAUGGACUGGCAUUCCCAUCCAGGGUGUAUUUCUGCAUUCGUCCAGUGUUCCUGGGAUGGGCUUCAGAUCCAGCAUGACUCUGACCAGGAUAAAGCAGUUACUGAAGAUCAGUAAAAGAAUGAACAUUUUCAUUCAAGGGUGAAAUACAGAGUAUUAGGAUGGUUAGUGUAGUAUCUAUACAUAAAUUAAGCAGAAUAUUUCAGGAACAACUAACCCUAACCCCUAGGUUUUUUUGUUAUUUUUUUUAUUUUUCUUGUUAUUCUUGUUAUUUAUUUAUUUUUAUUUUUUUGCAGACAGUAAGGGUCAAACUAAGAAAUUCAUACUGCACAUACUCUAUAAACCUGUGUGUGUUCAAGUCUAAUAAACAAGGCAAAAGGAAAAGAAACAAUAAUGAGAUAAAGAAAGAUGAACUAUAAUGAAUCUCUGAUGCAGCAGUUGGUGUACUGACUUUGAGUCAGUGGUCAAAUUUUUAUUAGACAGGAAAAUGUUAUAAAAAAAAACAAACAAA